AUGAGCGACGGAACUUAUCGACAUGUGCUUGCCGCCUUGGGCGCAUUCGAUUACACGGCGGCCAAUAAACUUUCCGCCAAACUCCUAAAAACUUACUCACCUUUCAGUAAUGUGUUUCUAAAGCUCAGCAACUGUGAGAAUUUAUAUACCCAACUUUCCUUUAUGAAAUCAAAAUGGUUCGUGAGAAAGGAUGCCUUUUUGAGUUCACUGUACACUUACUUGAUCGAGGAUAUUACAAAAGAAAUCACCUUAUUGGAAGCCUCACCUGCAGCGCAUCCAACCGAACACAAAGCUACAAAUAUCCGUCUAUUGAAUGCUCUCGUGGCUCUGUGCAAAGCGCGUCUCGCCUUGAUUGGCUUUUUUCGGCAAGUGGAGUUGAAGGAGAAUCUACUUCUUCUGGGCACCGCCGUGGAACGCGAAAUGAAUAUUCUACAAUCGCUACUCAAAGCCAGAGACGCGAUUAUUUCGUACGCCUUUCAAGACACAUGCAUCGCCUUGUUUCUCUGUAAACAGGAACUCAAUGAUUGGAAACGCGAAUGCCAGGCCCAGGAUUAUCCCGAGCAUCGACAGAAAACUGCGGUACAUACGGGUGAGGUCAAAGAAGCGACCUGGCGAUUUCCCUUUUUCACCGCCGAGGCAAGGCAAAAACAAUACGAUGCAUGGCCGCCGACGCUACGCUGGCACACGAAAUACCUCGAAAACCUGACGGCGAAAAUGACGUUGUACUUUAAUAGCAUCCUUUUGUCCAAAGAAAGCAUGCUAAGCGAGGAUGAACCUGAAAAAAACCUCUGGAAAGCGUUGAAAAUUGAUUACUACGACCAGAUAUCAACUUUCCGCAGACGGUUUGGUGCAUACAGCAUCGGUCUCGUCUAUGAGGUCACUUCAGCCGCGCCGUUUUAUCCGCAAGGGUAUGUCUGUUCAGGCACGCCAUACGAGCCGCCCCAGGGUAUCCAUUCAUUUCCAUUCAUCUUUUGCCAUCCCAAUCAAGCGCCAAAAGACCAUUUACCCAACAUUAUUUCCAUUGUUCAAGUUUCCCGAACUCGACUCAACGAUCCGAAAUCAGGACCUAUCUACUUUUUCGACAACAAAAUUGGCAGCGCGUAUUACUUGAUGCGAGUGGAUGAACAUGCCGUGCUGGUUAUAAUUUACCUGGACCGUCACGCCCAUCGCGAACCUACCACGGCCGAGUUCAUGACGAAUAUCGUCACAUCCUUACGCGGCGCUUCGGUGAUUGCCGAUUUGGUCAAAAGAGAGUAGCCAUGCGGGACGGUGUGCGCCAUGACAGUUUCUCUUCUGAUGAUCAUUUGUCGUGCCUUUUCUCACAAGUCACCGCCAGGGAACUAUUGGGUAUGCAAUAUCAUGCACUCGGAUGUACCAUUGCCCGGAAUCCCACCACGCGACAUACUAUACGUCUCUCUCUAGAACUUCGAUCGAUGCUUGGUUGACGGUAUUUUCUGUGAUAAUUCCAGAGAGAAUCUGAUGAUUUUUUUUUCUGGUUGCAAAUGAAAGCAGCUCUCGAGUUGG